AAAUUACAUUCUGUGGGUGAAAAACAUGACAUGACACUUGGUUUGGAAAGACUUGUCCCACAUUAUAUACCCCCUUUCAGUUGAUGUUGAUGUUAUUACACAAACGCAAUACAUUUUAUAUAAACGUUUUUCCCCCGUGUAUAUUUAUAAUCCAUAAUCGUGGUUAUAUACAGGAAGAUUUGACUUUGUUUACUAAAUAUUUUUCACUGAAAAAGAAAGAUCCCAUCUGACAGCUGAUGUUGUUUCCAUGGAAACGACGACACAAGCCGUGGCUAACCCACUGAGAUUAAACGGAGAGCAGGAUGUCGGAGGGAGAGGACCAUGCGGGGCUGUCCGAGGGAGAGGAGGCUGCGAAUGAGGAAGGACAGGAGGAAAAUAUGUCCGAGAAAGAGGAGCAGAUUGAGCCGUGUCCUCUCACCAAGGAAAUUCUGAUCCCAGGUCUGUCUCUUUUGUGUCGCACCGGGAACGGCCUGGCACACGCCUUCGUAAAGCUCGAACUGAAAGACAGGCGUCUGACGGACAUAGCCCUGGUCAGCUCGUUUGUCCACCUGCGUUUCCUGGACGUGUCAUCCAACCACCUCUCUGACCUUUCACCCCUGGUCGCCCUCACACAGCUGCUGUGGCUGAAGGGCGAUGGUAACAUGGUGGCGGGGUUCAGAGGUCAGCCCCUGGGUCAGCUGAUCUACCUACAGUGGCUGAGUCUGGCCCUGAACCGCCUCAGAGACCUGGAGGGCCUAGAAGGCUUCGCCCUGGAGAGCCUCAACCUCAUUGGUAACGGUAUCCAGAGGGUGUCGGGGCUACUGUACCAUCACCUGACCAACCUGGUGACUCUGGAACUGAGAGGAAACAAACUGGAGACUACCGACGGAAUCUACCUGCCCAACCUCCGACGCCUCUACCUGGCCCAGAAUACUAUCAAGCGCCUGGAGGGUCUGGGUAAGCUGGAGCGUCUGACCACCCUGCACCUCCGAGACAACCAACUGGAGACUCUAGACGGAAUCAGUCCCAACAUGAAGUCCCUGCAGUACCUCAACAUCAGGGGUAACCUGGUUUCUUCCCAGCGUGCUUUGCGUAGUCUGGUGGGCGUAUCCAGGACACUGCGAGCGCUGGUCCUGGCUGAAAACCCUCUCGUGGAGACGGAGGACUAUCGUCUGUGUGUCCUGAGCCGCCUGCCUCUGCUGGAGCGUCUCGAUAAGGAACCCAUCUCCCCCGAGGAGAAGUCUGAGGCACAGGAAAAACUCAGGGAGUUUAAGGAUGAGGCGGCUGUUGAGGCAGAGGAAUACUAACUCACCAUCUCCCAGUCACUCUUCUCCCAGUCACUCCUCACCCAGUCACUCCUCUCCCAGUCACUCCUCACCCAGUCACUCCUCUCCCAGUCACUCCUCUCCCAGU